UCCAAUUGAAAAAAAGAAUAAUUAAAAAAAAAAACCCUACUGGAGUAUAUAAAACAGGGAUGCAUGAGUAGUGCCACGUUGCCGCUUCUGUUCGGUGUCCUCCUUCUCUCUCUCUCUCUACUCUACUCACCACCACUCUCUCUCUCCAUCUCUCUUGGAUUCUCUCAGAUUCCAUGGAAGCUCCAAAAAGCUGAUUCCUUCAGCCAAUUUGUUCUUCAACUCUUUCUCUCUCUCAGAUUCGGAUCCGUCGUCAGAUAGAUAACCACCGCGUCUUUUCCGAUCCGAUUCGUUUCUUUUCGUCAGAAAAAAAUAUACUAGGAUUCCGUUUCCGCCACAGAUCCUUGAUUUGAUUUGGAUUCUUUUCCCUCUUCGAGUUUGAUUCCAGAACAUACCUUCUCCUGUAUUGGAGAAACUGAAUUAAGUUAAGAUUUGGCUAGUUAGAUGGUAUGCAGCAGUUUCAUAAGGAGUUUCAUUCUUCAAGCUGGUGGUCAUAUUGGGGUGUUGGCUCAAGGAAGACAUCAGUUUAAUCAUAUUAAGAAGACUUUCAGUGUUGGUUUUGGAUUUAGAACUAGUGUGAUUGGAUUUAGAAGAACCUGUGGAGUUGGAUUUAGAACUAGUGCGAAGAUGAUGGCUGAUACUUCUGCCGGAGAGAAACGUAUAUCCUUAGUUGAUAUGCCGCCUGAGAAAGUUGAUGAUGGUGGAUACAUCGGUGGUGGUUGGAAAAAUGACGAUGGAAGCUUGAGCUGUGGGUACUGUAGUUUCAGAGGGAAAAGAUCUACGAUGGAAGAUUUCUAUGAUGUCAAAGCUUCCACAAUUGAAGGCCAAACAGUUUGCAUGUUUGGAAUAUUUGAUGGUCAUGGUGGUUCACGUGCUGCUGAGUACUUGAAGGAACACCUCUUUAACAAUCUUAUGAAGCAUCCACAAUUUUUGACAGACACCAAGCUGGCAUUAAAUGAAACAUAUAAACAAACUGAUGUAGCAUUCCUCGAGUCAGAAAAGGAUACUUACAGAGAUGAUGGCUCCACAGCAUCUGCUGCUGUGUUGGUGGGGAACCAUUUAUAUGUUGCAAAUGUUGGAGACUCGAGGACAAUAGUUUCCAAAGCUGGGAAAGCGAUCGCGCUAUCUGAUGACCAUAAGCCAAAUAGAAGCGAUGAAAGAAAGCGAAUUGAAAGCGCUGGUGGUGUUAUCAUGUGGGCAGGAACAUGGAGAGUAGGUGGGGUGUUGGCAAUGUCCCGGGCCUUUGGUAACAGAAUGCUGAAGCAAUUCGUUGUUGCUGAACCCGAGAUACAAGAUCUAGAGAUAGAUCAUGAGGCUGAGUUGCUUGUACUUGCAAGUGACGGUUUAUGGGAUGUGGUACCCAAUGAGGAUGCAGUAACCCUUGCUCAGAGCGAGGAGGAGCCCGAGGCAGCUGCCCGCAAGUUAACUGACACUGCCUUCGCUCGUGGCAGUGCAGACAACAUCACGUGCAUUGUUGUUAAAUUCCGUCAUGAUAAGACCGAAUCUCCUAAAAUCGAACCAAAUGCCAUGGCUGAAGCGGAACCUGAACUGAACCCCACAGCUGAAGUGGAACCCGAGUCAAACCUCAAUACUGAAAUGGAAACUGAAUCAAGCCCCAAAGCUGAAGUGGAAUCCAAUCCUGAUGCUAUACCCGAUCCAAAACCGGAAACCGAACCAGAGACCAAGGGUGAGAAAGCAGGUGAGUAAGGUAGCAGCCAGGGAAAGGUGUCCAUAUUGCUGUAGCCAUGUGGAAACAGAUGAAUAUAAAUUUGCUUAGUAGUUGUGUGGUUUGUGGCUACCUGUAACGUGUGAGGAUUUGUGUUUUUGGUUUUGUGUUGCAUUCAUGCACAUGCCUAUGCCUGCCAUGAGGACGACGACGAAUGUCCUCGAUUUUUGUCUAUUCAUUUUACUCUAUUUUGUUUUGUUGGUGCUACUCACACCAAAAACUACACAUUUGUUCACUGUUUCUCCCACUUCUUUCUAUCUUUUAUUUAAAACACCUUCCAUUCCAAUAAACUUUGUUUUUGUAA